CUUCAGUUGUUUCGUCGUGAGAUCGGCUGAUGACCUGUGUCAUCCCUCUAUAAAAAUGAAGACAGCAUAUUCGAGUGUGCAAUUGAGACCUGACUUCAUUCUGAAACACUUGACGAUCCUCCAGAGACUCGAAGCUCAUUCUCAUCAUGAAAACUUUCUACGCAAUCGUCCUUGUAUCCCUGGCUUGUCUCUCCUCCAGCUGGGGCGCAGUCCUGCCUUACAGCUCAUCUGCAAUGGUCAAAUCGGAAAGAAGUGGAGACAACUUCGCCUAUUCCAUCACUCAAAAUCAACAGUCGAUUUCUCCUAUCUCCAGAGCACUACCUUUGACAGCGCAAAUGCCAUUGAUUGCUGGAUCUGCAGGCUACCCAAUCCACGGGGGUCUCCUUCCCCAACAGAGUCUCCCCUACGCAUCGCAGCCGUCCAUUUUGAUGCCCCAUCACCCCCUAGUGGCAGCAGCCCCCGCACCUGCCCCCUCACCCGCCAUUGCUUACAACCCUCAUCAUCUGCUCAUGACUCAGCCUCAAGCUCAUGUCCCCCUCCCACACCCACAGUACUUGCACUGAUGAGGCACAACCAAUCAUUCAUCUGACAAUUUGUCAGCAGCUAUAAUUACUACACUUCUUGAUGCUAGUAACAAUAAUAAUAUUAUUGUGUUCAGUAACUCUAUCGAUAUUAGAUUCCAUCUAAUAAACUAUAAUAUCUCUAUUCAACAUUUGAUUAUUAUCUGCUAAUCCUUCAGCAAUUACAAAUUCAACUCAUCAUCCUGUUUAUUUUGAAUUUAUUCUUAAUCAUCCAGUAUAAAAGUAUUAGUAUAUUAGAGGCGAAUCGUCUCGAACGGCGCGUGUCGACACGCCUUUAGUCGGAAUUGAACCUUUAUUACACAACUUUUAGAAAAGUAGGUACCUAUCACAGGCUCAAGCCCAAAACGGUUCAGAUUGUUUAUUAUUACUUUAAAUAAAUUUUAUUGGAUAUUUAGUUAUUCAAAUUGAUCAGCAGAUUCAAAUAAUUAAUCAAGUUUUCGAUACUGGGCUUAGAAAUAAUAUUUUGUGUUCACGAAUUGUAGAAAAAUGCAAUUGUUUAUCUUCUAAUCGUCCUGCAUUUUCAAGUUAUUAUAAAUUUUCUGCACAAUAACAGAAAUUAAUAAUUGUGUUAACAGUUAUCAGUCUAUCAUUAUUCAAUAAUUAUUUAUUCAUCAUACUUGUGAUUCAUCAUUGCCUACACAAUAAUUAUUAUUAUCAAUCUGCUGUGAUUUUUAACUGUUAAGAUUUUUGAUGAUUAAUGUUAUAAUUGAUUCUAUCAAUAUGAUAAACUGUGGAUCUUUUAAUAUUGAAAUCUGGAAUUUGUAUCCUCUUAAAGUUAAUCUAUUUCCGUAGUAAAAACUUUUUCAAUA